AUGGUUCAGAAAGUCUAUGUCACCUACAACCAGGUGCACAAGCUGUGCCAGCAGUCGGCAGACGUCAUCCUGAAGGAUUUCCACCCUAACUUGAUGAUCGCGAUUGGUGGUGGUGGUUACGUUCCUGCUCGUAUCCUCCGCUCCUUCCUUAAGCGCCCCGGUGAUGCCAACAUCCCCAUUCAGGCCAUCGGUCUGUCCCUCUACGAGGAUCUCGGUCGCGGUGAUGCCGAGGAGGUCCCUGGUACCAAGGUUACCCGUACACAAUGGUUGGACAUGAGCUCUUUGGAGAUGGCCAACUUGAUUGGCAAGAACAUCCUGAUUGUUGACGAGGUCGAUGAUACCCGUACUACUCUGGAGUACGCUGUGCGCGAGUUGGAGAAGGAUGUUGAGCUUGCUCAGAAGCAGCUUGGUCGCGAGGCCGAGAAGACCAACUUCUUCAUCUUCGUUCUGCACAACAAGAACAAGGAGAAGAAGGGUGUUCUGCCCGCUGACAUGAUGGAGGCUGGUCGUUACCACGCUUCCGUCACCACUGACGAUGUCUGGAUCUGCUACCCCUGGGAGGCUAAGGACAUUGACGAGCACGAUGCUCUCUCCAAGGAGAACCCUCUCUUCUAG